AUGAAGACUCAUCUAUAUUAUACUCUUGUUUUAGUUAUCUUGUUGGCUAUUGCCUCUUCAUAUGCUGCUUCCAAUGAUACAACAACUCCCACUCCCAACGAAGGUAACAGCACAGGUACAAAAGAGCCACCUACCAACAAUUCAACAUCAAAAGACCCAACUCCCGGUACCGGUACACCAGGUUCAGCAAGCACACCAAGUAACGGAACCACCACAACAGAGGCUUUAUUCACCACUGUCGCUUUACUCAUGGCUACAAUUCAUACUGCUUGA